CACAUUGAAAUAUGAAUAUUAGAUGUGCAAAGCCUGAAGACCUGAUGCACAUGCAGCACUGCAACCUGCUCUGUCUGCCUGAGAACUACCAGAUGAAGUACUAUCUUUACCACGGCUUGUCCUGGCCACAGCUCUCCUAUGUUGCCGAGGAUGACAGAGGCAACAUUGUUGGUUUCACCCUCCAUCCCCCUCUAUCCUCCCCUCAAAUCACUCGUGCCAAGAGGUUGCCAACUCCACCAUUAAUCCAGCUGUUCCACCACAGGCGGCUGGGGCUGGCGCAGAAGCUGAUGGAUCAGACGGCUAAGGCGAUGGUGGAAGCCUUCAACGCCAAGUACGUCAGCCUUCAUGUCAGGCGCAGCAACCGUGCUGCCCUCCACCUCUACACCAACACCCUGCAGUUCACUAUAUCCGACAUCGAGCCCAAGUAUUACGCGGACGGGGAGGACGCCUACGCCAUGAAGCGCAACCUCUCCCCCGAGACCUUAGACCUUCCUGACCUCUGAGCUCUCAGGUGACCUCAAUAACCUCUGAGCUCUCAG